AUGCCUUCCACCAAGCAGCAGCGUGCCCGCCGUCAGACUGCACCAUCGGGCCCACCGCGGAAGCCAACUGCCAGCGAAACACAACCUCGCCUUGAAUCGACACAAGAACAACCUUCGAACCUUUUGCAGUGGAGCAUCCCCAGCUGGAACAAUGAAUUGGAUUUCUCUCAGUGGCUCAAUGGCGUGAAGGAGGAUCUUGUCGAAGAGAGUUACGACCAAUACCAGAAUUGUCUCGACGAAUUGCAACAAUCAAAAGACCACAUCGAUGAGAUAUUGAUGAACACUUUGACUCUCCUUGACGACCUAUCUAGCCUAUCCGAGUCCUUUAAAUCCGUUGAGUCGCAAACGUCGAACUUUGAGAAACAAUGCGAAGGGCUACUGUCGGCCCAGGAGAGAGAUACAAAGCUCGCAAACGGUAUUCAAAAUAAUCUCCAUUACUAUGAUCUCUUAGAUCCUGCAUCCCGCCGACUGAAUGCCCCCGGUGCUGGAAAUACUGUUCGCGAUACGGAGUUCUCAAGCAUGCUCAGACGUCUUGACGUGUGCUUGGACUAUAUGGAAACCCACCCUGAGCAAAAAGAAGCAGAGGUCUAUCGCUCUAGAUACAGGCUUCUCCUCACCCGCGCGCUAACACUCAUCCGUGGUAAUUUCGUGGCUGCGCUCAAGGAUAUCUACCAAAAUGUCUCGAAGAAAGUUUCAGAUCAAAACUUAAACGAAACAGCCCUGUCGGCUCUCCUCUACGCCAAAUUUAGGGUUGGAGCACCGGAGCUAAAGCAGAUUGGAGUCGAGAUCCAAAAGCGAGCUGUGCCUCCCUUAAACCCAGAACAGAACAGUGAGGCUGAAUACCAGAGUCUGAUGAACGAAUUGCAUAGCAAUUACUCCGCUACUCGCGCUCGUCUCAUCAUACCGCUUGUUCGUAAAAAGCUCAUCGAGAUCACACAAACACCCAGUUCGUCGAAAGACUUGGUAUCAUUUGCUCGCGCAAGUAUCGGUUACAUUCGCGGCGUCUGUCUAGAUGAAUAUGAUUUAUGGGGCGAAUGGUUCCAUGGACAAGGAGGGUUGUACGACUUCCUUGAAACCAUUUGCGAGCCUCUCUACGACCAUCUUCGUCCUCGAAUCAUUCAUGAGAGUGACAUUGUCAACUUGUGCCAGCUUUGCACUCUGCUUCAGACUAGAUACUUCUUGGACCCCGAAGAGGAGCCCGAACAACAUGAUACAAAUCAACUUGAUUUCUCUGCGUUGAUCCAACCGGCCUUGCAGGAUGUCCAAGCUCGGCUGGUAUUCCGGGCCCAAGCGGUUCUUCGUGAUGGAAUUGAACGAUACAAACCUCGCCCGGAAGACAUCGAUUACCCUAUGCACAGCCGUCAAGUAUCGUUGACCGUGACCGACACUCAAAUUUCAGGGAAGAAAGACACGACUGCUGCUACUAUGAUUGACAUGACCAAACCGACAGACGGUGACGAUGCUGCGCAAGAUAAAGACGGCAAAUGGGACUUUGAAACCCAGACAGCGCUGAAGGGGUGGUAUCCCACCUUACGAAAGGCAAUUUGGCUCCUUAGUCGAAUUUAUCGCCUUGUCAAUUCAACCGUUUUUGAUGAUCUAGCGCACAACAUCGUCCACCAAACAACUUUAUCCCUCCAGAACGCAAGCAUCCUGAUCUCCAAUAAAGCCACCCCAUCAGACGGUCAACUAUUCCUUAUGGGCCACCUCCUUAUUCUCAAACAACAAAUCGUCGCAUUUGACAUUGAAUACGUUGCUCCAGAAGUCAGCUUCGACUUCUCCGGAGUCACAAAUACUUUCUGGGAACUGCGCGAACGAGGCGGACUCUUCAACCCACGGAACCUGAUGCGCCUCGUUGGUCAUGGUCUCGUUCCCCGCGUUGUGGAGAACAUGCUCGACGCCAAAGUCGAACUUGACGGCCGCCUUCGCACUGUCAUUAACGACUUCAUCAACGCCUUCGCUGCACGGAUGACAGCUUCCCUUCCUGCAAAGUUUGUCGAUACCCGCAACCUCCAGCGCGGGGAACUGAUUCAUCCUUCUUGUCGUACCAUUGAGAAAGAAGUUCCUGCUUUGAGAAAGUGUUUGAACGAAUACAUUGAUGAUACUCGAAUGAAGGAGACCCUUGUUGGCGCAGUGCAGGAUCGGACGAUCCAGAUCUACGAAGACUUUUUGGAGAAGUAUGCUUCGUCGGACAAGGGCAAGGGUUUCAAUACGAGCAUGAAGGGGAAAGGCCGGGAUGAUGCCGUUUGGGACCUGGACACUUUUGCCGAGUGGUGUGAGGGUGUUUUCAGAGUCGGUGUUGCUGGUUUGCAAACCGGAGAGGUAGAUGAGGACGAGGAUGAUCUUUCGAGCACAACCUCCUAG